AAUACAUCAAAUGUUCAAACAAGCGUUUGACAUUUCACUGUGAAUAUCGACAACUGCCGUUACCGAGACUCCCAUUACAGAAAUUCAGAAUCAUGGAAACAAGGAAUAUUUUUUCGGAUCCAGGCAAAUGUGGGAACUUAAUUGAGUUCCAGAGCAAUGAGACAAUGAGUCAUUUCAUGGCAUCAUUCCCUGAUAAUACAUUUUGGAAUGUGAAUCGAAAUGUGACCAGUGGAAAUUCGACCAACCAAGGUGGGCAAUCUACAUACCUGUAUGAACAGCCAAUAGAUCUGCGUAUUUCUCACAAUGACCAACAACGCAAAGAGGACUUCAUCGAUGCUUACUAUUCAAGGUCCUGCACCAAAGCCGAGGGACAUCCAAAAGAAAGCAGCUCAGUGAAUACUUAUCAGCAACAGGCUUCACAAAUCUGUUUGGAUUAUAAGAAAAAGCGAAGGGGAAUGAGUAAAAUAAAUCCUAUAGUGCUUGAUGGAGACAAUAUCGCAUACCCUGCCUCAUUUUCGCCUGAAAAGCAAGCUGAAAUCAUGAAAGCAGCAUGUUCUCUGUUCUCAAAACGUACUAGAACGCUCUAUCAGUGGAUGUAUCCCAACGUGACUAAACAACAAGUCAAAAUAGCCGUCGCUAACUACUGGCAGUCUUUAGGACAAUCUGAGAAGGAUUUUUACGUUUCGCAGGUGCUGGGGAGAUUUGGCUUCCGAACUUCAAAUCUAAUGGUGAAUCCUCAACUUCACACCAUGAAAGAGUUGCCUCCUGAGCCGCCAAAACCUCUACUCGUGAAUCAACCGAAAAGGAACACAAGUGAACUCCAGAAAGCCAUUUCGAGCAUAUCCGUUCCUCAAAAUAGCAAACCCUUGCUCAGUAUCAACAACUAUGGAGUGAUCAAAAAUAUCCCGAAGAGAAAAAGAUCAGGACAGAAAGGUGGGAACACCAAAAAGAAGUUUGUCAUUUUAGCGAGUUCGGAAGACUUCCAGGAUGAUCCUGAACUCAGUCAGGAGUUGGAGAAGUUCGCUAUUAAGUUUAAUUUUUCUAAUGUUCAGUAGGAAGCACUUUCUGUAUAUAUUGUGAAUAUGUCGAGAAUUUACGUUUAUUUACUGGAUCGUGCGACAUGGUAAAACUGGAGAACCUAAUCAAAAUUAUGUUUCUACUUACAAUCAGAGUUGUAUUGAAUGCUUAUAUCUGGUUGAACAAGGAAAAUAAAGACACUUUCGACAAUUUUCUGAUAAAAGC